ACAAAAAUCUAAAGGUAGGAAGAAAAAAAAUCACAGAACGAACAUAAACCCUUUUCCUAACUCUCUCUAAAACCCUAUUUGCUUCUUCUUCAAUUCUCUGAUCUCACUUCACUACUUUCCCCAACCUUCACAAUUUACCGUUGCUGCAACUACAAUGUAUCGAUUCGCUUCUAAAUUAGCUUCAUCUCUAGCUUCUUCCACUUCAAAGAACAAAAACCUCGUGUGUAAUGGGGCAUUGUUAAGAAGGAAUUAUGUGACUAAAGAUAUCAAAUUUGGAGUUGGGGCUCGUGCUGCCAUGCUUCAAGGUGUUUCUGAGGUUGCUGAGGCUGUCAAAGUUACCAUGGGACCCAAGGGUCGAAAUGUGAUAAUUGAGAAAAGCAACAGGAACCCUAGGGUCACAAAGGAUGGUGUGACUGUAGCCAAAAGUAUCAAAUUCAAAGAUAAAGCCAAAAAUCUUGGUGCUGAUCUCAUCAAGCAAGUGGCUAAGGCUACCAACAGUACUGCUGGAGACGGUACAACUUGUGCAACCGUUUUGACUCAGGCAAUACUCAUAGAAGGAUGCAAAUCAGUUGCUGCUGGUGUAAAUGUCAUGGAUUUGCGUAAUGGAAUAAAUAAAGCAGUUGAUGCUGUAAUUACUGAUUUAAAAAGCAGAGCAGUAAUGAUAAGUACAUCAGAAGAAAUAACCCAGGUUGGUACUAUAUCUGCAAAUGGGGAGCGUGAUAUUGGAGAAUUGAUAGCAAGGGCAAUGGAGAAAGUUGGGAAGGAAGGAGUCAUUACUGUUGCUGAUGGGAACACUGUGGAUAAUGAGUUGGAAGUAGUAGAAGGAAUGAAGUUGUCUAGAGGCUACAUAUCUCCUUAUUUUAUUACUGAUCAGAAGACUCAGAAAUGUGAAUUGGAGAACCCCUUUAUCCUCAUCCAUGACAAGAAAAUUUCAGACAUGGGUUCCCUGUUGAAAGUAUUGGAGCUGUCAGUAACGAACAAAAGACCACUCCUAGUUGUUGCGGAAGAUGUUGACAGUGAUGCAUUGGCUAUGCUCAUACUCAACAAGCAUCAUGCUGGGCUUAAGGUUUGUGCUAUAAAAGCUCCUGGUUUUGGGGACAAUAGAAGAGCAAGUCUUGAUGAUCUUGCCAUUCUUACCGGAGGAGAGGUCAUCACGGAAGAGCGUGGCAUACCUCUCGACAAAGUCCGGCCCGAAAUGCUUGGCACUGCAAAAAAGAUUACCGUCUCCAUUGAUGACACUAUUGUUCUACAUGGUGGUGGGGAUAAGAAGUUUAUUGAAGAGAGAUGUGUCCAGUUGAGGGACGCUAUGCACAACAGUUCUGCGACAUUCGAUAAAGAAAAGGCACAGGAACGGCUGUCAAAACUCUCUGGCGGUGUUGCUGUUUUCAAAGUUGGUGGUGCUAGUGAGGCAGAAGUUGGGGAAAGGAAAGAUAGGGUAACAGAUGCUUUAAAUGCCACUAGAGCAGCUGUGGAGGAGGGUAUUGUUCCAGGUGGUGGAGUUGCACUCUUAUAUGCUAGCAAAGUCUUGGAGAACCUUCAAACUAAAAACGAGGACGAGAGAAGAGGAGUACAGAUUAUUCAGAAUGCACUCAAGGCACCAACAUAUACAAUAGCUUCAAAUGCUGGUUUUGAUGGUACCCUAGUUCACAGCAAAUUGUUGGAACAAGAUGAUUUUAAUUUGGGUUUUGAUGCUGCUAAAGGAACCUAUGUUGAUAUGGUGAAGGCUGGAAUUAUAGAUCCUGUUAAAGUUGUUAGAACAGCUUUGGUAGAUGCUGCCAGUGUUUCGUUGCUACUGACGACAACCGAGGCAUCUAUUGUGGAGAAUAUGAGUGACAAGAAUAAACCUCCCCAAAGGGUGCCAGAUAUGGAUGAUUUGGACUACUAACCUGCUUCAACAAACGAUGAAAGCAAUUUUUUGCAUCAGUUUUCUACUUAUCGAGGAAGCUACUAAAGUUUAAACUUGGGGGGUCUAAUUUGAGGAGCGAGAUUGAAAUUAUGCAGCCUACGAUUCAAUGUCAUAGGGAAAGUUCAUGUCUUAUUCAAGUUAUCAUAAUCAAUAGGUUAAGAUUUAAACUUGUCCCAUUCUUUAGGUGUCAUUCAUCCUUUGUACUAUAAUUUUUGUAACACAAGUACAAAUCAAAAAAGUUUUGAAACAGUUUUUUGUUUGACGCUAAUAUUUAAAAAUGAAUGGAGUGGAAUGGACUAGAGAGCAGCGUAACGGAAUGAAAUAAAAUUCUUAUUCUAUUGUUUGAGUAUUUUGUAAUGGAAGAAAGCAAAUUCCUGUUUCA